AUGCCCGAUCUCAAGUCAGCGCUCAAGCGGGAGGGGAGAACGCCCGUCGACGAGACAUAUUCGCGAGACGCCGAUAUUUCAGAGGCGAACGUGUCCGCCCCUCCACCGUAUGACAGUGACCCAAAUGGGGCGCCGGCGCAUGUGUGGUUAAGCCGGCGCGGCACAGUGCUCGGUCGACUGGUGCCGCGACCCCGCCAAGGUAAGAGGACGAACACGCGCGUGCGGCAAGUGAAAGCGAAAAAAAAAGUAGUCAUUUAUCGCGCCGGCAGCGUUCCGAUGCGCGUUGCUAAGCGAAAUGCGGCGGCCGCGGACGGCGCGAUGAGUCAGCCGCGUCUCGAAUUUUCCUUUUGUGCAAAUGGUCGUGUUGUCGGGACACCGUGUCGCUGGUCGCAGUGCCGCCCGGUAACAAGUGACCGGCCAGUCUCCAGCCGCCGCGCCGCCGGCUCUCGGCCGCACCGGGCUAACGGAAUCGGAUUCCUAGCGGCCAAAAUUCCGGCGCGGACGUUCACGCCACAACCGACUGAAAUAAAACGCUCGUUUAACGCAAAUAGCGCAGGCAUUGUCGCCGCAUCGACAGGCCGCCGGGCAUUUCCGUUCCGCACUUUAUCUAUCACAGUCGCCGGCGGCGGCAGU